AUGGCUCUAUCUAAGACCUUACUUGAUGAAAGAAACCAGUCACUUAACUCGACAAACACUAUUGACAAGGCAGCUGGUAUAGAAAGACUGCAAAAGAUGCUGUCCCUAAAAGCACAAUGUGCUACAGUGACCGAAGACGCCAAAUGUAAAAUGAUGCUCAAGAACGCGUCGGUACUGUAUCUACGGUACAAGAAUGAUACUGACUCUUUGGCUUCAUGGCUAGCUUCUACAGCUGAACAUCACGGCCACCCGUUGGGCCCCUUGCUCAGGGAUCAAGGAAACGCAUCAACCCAAAAGUCCACCGGAAGACUCAAGGUCAAAGCACGCCGGGAAGCGCGCAAUGCUGAACCAAAGUCCGCCAAGUACAUUAUCCCUCUGCAUGACUUCACGCAACUGGCUAACUUCAUCGCCAAGAAACGCCCCCGUGUUGACAUCCCACCCUCACUCAUCUCGACCUUCGACCGUUCUAUUAACCUCCGAGCUGGAUUCGCUAGGCUUCUCGCACAGCAAGGGAUGUGA